AUGUGGACAAAAGGGCUGAAAUUUGCACUUUACUGUAACCUGAAAGAGAACUUUUAUAAGAUGAUAAUUCAUGGAGGGGAAAAACCAUAUCAAUUAUUGGAGUGUGGGAAAGGCUUCACUGACAUUUCCAGUCUCACUUCACAUCAAAGAAUUCACAUGGAAGAAACCAUACGAAUGCCUGGAUGUGGAAAAAGCUUCACUGACAGUUCCAGUCUUACUUCCCAUCAAAGAAUGCACACAGGGGAGAAACUAUAUCAAUGCCUGGCGUGUAGCGAAAGCUUCAGACCUCCAAUUGCCAAGCCUGACCUCAUAUCCUGGCUGGAAGAAGAGGAAGAGGUGUUUCUCCCGGGCUCUGAUGAGGAGGAGGGAUUGGCAGAAUACGAUCAGAGGGAUGGGGAGGAUGAGGAACUGCAUCAUCUAUGGCCAGAUGAAGUCAAGAAUGAGGAUGUGAGAGGAAACUUCAUGAAUCAAGGCAGACCCAAGAGGCAGAAAGGCAGCCAUCAACCCAUUCCUUGCCAAGGGGAGGAUUUCCGAGAAGUAACUCACAUGGUGGAGGAACCAUACAAGUGCUUGCAGUGCGGAAUGAACUUCUCAUAUCAAACCCAAUAUAAUAUCCAUUUGCGAAAGCACAGUGAAAAGAAGAUCCACCAAUGCUUGGAGUGUGAAAAGAGCUUCCUUUGUGAAGCAGAGCUAAUUGGACAUCUAAGAACACAUGCAGGAGAGAAACAUUAUAGUUGCUCAGACUGUGGCGAGAUAGUCUCACAGAAAUCAGAUCUUAUUAAACACCAAAGGAUUCACUCAGGAGAGAAGCCAUUUAUCUGUUCAGAGAGUAGAAUGAUAUUCUCUGAUGGAAGACAGGGAAAUUUACAUUUCCCAAGGAACAUUACAGUGAAGGCAUGUAAAUGCUUUCGGUGUGAAAGGUACUUUAAAAACAGAUCACAGCUUCUUGUGCAUCAAAGAAUCCACAUAGGGGAGAAACCUUCUGAAUGCUCAGAGCAUGGAAAGGGGUUCAUUGGGGCUGGCAGUCUUCAACAACAUCACAGAACCCACACAGGUGGGAAACCUUUUGAAUGCUCAGAGUGUGGAAAGACAUUCAAUCACAGAUGUAGUCUUCAAAAGCAUCUAAAAAUCCACACAGGGGAGAAACCUUUUGAAUGCUCAGAGUGUGGAAAGCAAUUUUGUUAUAGUAGCAGUUUUCAACGGCAUCUAAGAACCCACACAAAGGAGAAACCGUUUGAAUGCUCAGAGUGUGGAAAGACAUUCAGUCAGCUUGGCAAUCUUCAGCAACAUCAAAGAACUCACACAGGGGAGAAAAGUUUUGAAUGCUCAGAGUGUGGAAAGAGAUUCAGGUUGAGUGCCCAUCUUCAACUGCAUCAAAGAACCCACACAGGAGAGAAACCUUUUGAAUGCUCAGAGUGUGGAAGGAGAUUCAGUCACAGAUGUAGUCUUCAAAAGCACCUAAGAAUCCACACAGGGGAGAAACCUUUUGAAUGCUCAGAGUGUGGAAAGAAAUUCAGGUUGAGUGACAGUCUUCAACAACAUCAAAGAAUCCACAGAGGUGAGAAACAUUUUGAAUGCUCUGAGUGUGGAAAGAAGUUCAGUCAAAGUGGCAAUCUCCAACGUCAUCAAAGAACCCACAGAGAUGAGAAACAUUUUGAAUGUUCGGAGUGUGGAAAGAGAUUCAAUCACAGAUGUAGUCUUCAGCAGCACCUAAGAAUCCACACAGGGGAGAAACCUUUUGAAUGCUCAGAGUGUGGAAAGAGAUUCAUUGAAGCUGGCAAUCUUCAGCAGCAUCUUAGAAUGCACACAGGUGAGAAAUCUUUUGAAUGCUCAGAGUGUGGAAAGCGAUUUUGUUACAGUAGCAGUUUUCAACGGCAUCUAAGAACCCACACAAAGGAGACGCCAUCAACAUUUCAGAGACGACGUCAAGUCAUCGGAGACACAGACGAACUUCCCCGGAGUUUUACCGCUCGUUUCGAUACAUCCUUUCUCAACGCAACGGUUCACUUCUGCGCCCUUGCAAAACCUGAUAUCGGACUGUCUUUGAUGUGGGGACCAGCAGUGAAGAUGGAAGAGAAGUUCUCUGAGGAGGGAGGGCAGAAGGCUUAG